CGCGCGGCCAUGGCGGACGGGGUGCUGUUCCGGCGCGGCACCGGGCAGAGCGACGACUCGGACAUCUGGGACGACACGGCCCUCAUCAAGGCGUACGACAAGGCGGUGGCCUCCUUCAAGAAUGCCUUAAAGAACGGGGAGUGCUCAGAGCCUUCAGACAAGCAGGAGCAGCGCAUGAUGAUAAAGAGAAAAAACCAUAAAAAGAACAGAAAUAGAAACAAGAGCAAUACAGCGCCUUUGAAACAGUGGAAAGUUGGUGACAGCUGCAGUGCUGUUUGGUCUGAGGAUGGUAAUUUGUAUCUAGCAACUAUUGCCUCCAUCAACCAGAAGAGAGGCACAUGUGUUGUCACUUACACAGGAUAUGGAAAUCAGGAGGAGCAGAACCUGUCUAAUCUACGUCCUCCAACCAGCGAUGAAACAGUAAAUGGGAUGAGCCAUUCUGGGGAGAAUGAAAAUGAGACUCCAUAUUCAACAGAUGAAAGUGAAAAAUCUUCCCAGUCAUCUCGAAACAAAAAUGACUGCACAAAAGCAAGAUUUUCCCCUCAGAACUUGAGAUUUCCUACGCCACCACCACCACCAGGCCUAGGAAGGUCUGGAUCAAAAUUCAAGGCACCUCCAUCAUUUUUAUCUUGCUGGCCCCCACCCUUCCCAGCAGGACCACCAUUGAUUCCUCCUCCACCACCCAUGAGGCCAGACUCUGCUGAGGACGAUGAAGCAUUGGGGAGCAUGUUGAUAGCCUGGUACAUGAGUGGUUACCACACUGGAUAUUACCUGGGUUUAAAACAAAGCCGAAUGGAAGCAUCGCUGGAGAGACAAACACACGCAAAGUAACCGAAUAUCCACCAUUGUUCUGGAGGAUUCCAGGUACAAAUCUUUUCCAUUGAGAGGUGUGUAUCACUUAUGCAUUGGGGAUUGAUGGUGAAGAACUGAAUUUUUAUCAAGACAAUUAGUCAUAAUGUUUUCUUAACACUGAGCUGUCCCUGUUAACAAAUAAAUAAUUUCAGACUAGUAAUUAAAUGUGCAUUUAAAUGAGCUAUUUCUUAAAAGACCUCUAGUCAAAUGUAUUUCAGAAGCACUGCAGCAACAAAGUACUUUUUACUUCCUUGAGGCAAUUUCAAGACUUCUUAUUGCAUGUUAGAUUUAACUCUUUUGACCUCAUGUGAUAGAUUUUAUUUAUCUCUCAACAUGUCUUGCAUUCCUCAGGCUUUCUGUCUGAAUGGCAGCACUAGAACGAUUGAUUAUGGUAUCCUCUUUUAGGAGAAAGCUGUGGCAGCAAUGUGUGUUGCAGUGGCCACUGGUGCCACUGGCGUGGAAAACAGUGUGCUGUUGUAGUAGGAAGGACAUCUUACAGGUCUGAUUAGAAUUGGGAAAUUUGACAGCUGGUUUCAGAAAGGCUAUUGUCUCAUUUCAAAUGUGUGAAUAAAGUUCUACU